AUGCGGCUGCUGCUGGCCCUGGUGCUGGCCCUGCUCCUGGUGCCCGUGGGCGAGGUCCAUCACUGGAGAGCCAACAUGAGGUGCAAGUGCAUCAAAUCCACUGCCCACGUCAUCAACCUGGGGCUGAUCCUCACCAUCCACGUUACCCCGCCGGGCAUUCACUGCAGGAGGAAGGAGGUCAUCCUCACCCUGAAGAAGAACAGGCAGGUGUGCGUGACCCCCGAGGCGCCCUGGAUCCAGCUGCUCAUCCACAAGCUGAUGCAGAGGAAUGGCAUCAAGAAAGCACUGCCACGGCUGCGGCGGGAGGCACCCCCCUCGGAGACCUCCGCCCCGUCCUUCCCACUGGCCACAUCCCAGGAAUCCGUGGUGAGUCCCUCGUGGGACAGGAAUGACACAGCCCCGCUGGGCUGAGUGGCACAACGCUGGCCCUUCUCUGCUCCUGGGUUUUGGCUGAGCAGGAGCCUUUCCCUGCU